CCUUCACCUGCUAUAUAAACCAUCCAACUCCUGCUGGGGUCCGACAGAACAAUUCUCCUAACACCCAUCUCCCUUCAAUCCACCACAACACAAAUCCACCCACCACCACCACCACCGCCGCCGCCAUGUCCACCCAGAAAGCCAUUGUGGUCACCUCCCCCAAGCAGGCCAGCCUGGUCCGCGACCGAGCCAUCCCCACCCUCCGCGACGACUACAUCCUGGUCAAGACGGUCAGCGUGGCCCUAAACCCGACCGAUUGGAAGCACAUCGCCUUCCUGGCGCCCGUGGGCGUGCUGGUCGGCUGCGACUACGCCGGUAUCGUCGAGGAAGUCGGUAAGAACGUGCAGGGCAAGUUCCAGAAGGGCGACCGGGUGUGCGGGUUCGUGCACGGGGCCAACGCGGUGGAGCCGGAGGACGGGGCGUUCGCCGAGUACAUCGUGGCCAAGGCGGACGUGUCGACCAAGAUCCCGGCCAACCUGAGCUUCCAGGAGGCGGCGACGCUGGGCGUGGGCAUCACGACCGUCGGCCAGGCGCUGUACCAGAGCCUGAAGCUGGCGCCGCCCACCGCGCCCACCACCACCCGGGAACCCCUCCUCAUCUACGGCGGAUCCACCGCGACCGGCGCCCUGGCCAUCCAGUUCGCCAAGCUCUCCGGCUACCAGGUGCUGACCACCUGCUCGCCGCACAACUUCGACCUGGUGAAGCAGCUGGGCGCCGACGCCGCCUUCGACUACAAGAACCCCGACACCCCCGCCGAGAUCCGCCGGUACACCGACAACAAGCUCCGCCUGGUGCUGGACACGAUCUCCGUCGAGGCCAGCGCCAAGUUCUGCGACGAGGCCCUCUCCACCGAGGGCGGCGAGUACAGCGCCCUCCUGGCCGUGGGCAUCGAGCGCCAGAACGUCAACGACCGCUGGACCCUGGCCUACACCGCCGUCGGCGAGGACUUCACCUUCGGCGAGACCCCCAUGCCCGCCAAGCCCCAGGACCGCGAGUUCGCCGCCCGCUUCUGGGAGACCGCCGCCCAGCUGCUGGCCGAGGGCAAGAUCAAGGUCCACCGGCCCAAGGUCGGCGCCCGCGGGCUCGAGGGAGUCAUGGAGGGGCUGGAGCUGCUGAAGCAGGAUAAGGUCAGCGGCGAGAAGCUCGUCUACAACGUUGAGGAGACUCCUUAGAUUUAGUUGGAUGGGGGGUAAUUAUGCGAUAUGAAC